AUGGCAAAGAUCGUGCCUGCUUGUCGAAACGCCUUCCAACAGGUCCGAUCAUUUCACGUGGCAAGUAGUCAAAAUGCAGAGGCCAAAUUGAAGACGUUUUCGAUCUACCGAUGGAAUCCAGACAAACCUGAUGAGAAACCAUACAUGCAAGACUACAAAGUCGAUUUGAAUACUUGCGGGCCUAUGGUUUUGGACGCACUGAUUAAAAUAAAAAAUGAAAUUGACCCUUCAUUGACAUUUCGCCGAUCAUGCCGAGAAGGAAUUUGUGGAUCAUGUGCAAUGAACAUCGGAGGAACUAAUACACUGGCUUGUAUUAGUAAGAUUGAUGACAAAAAUUUGACAGAAACCAGCAAAAUUUACCCGUUGCCGCAUAUGUACAUUGUUAAGGAUUUAGUACCGGAUAUGAACAAUUUCUAUAGCCAGUACAAGAGUAUCCAGCCCUGGCUUCAGAGGGAUGAUGGAAAGAAAGUUGGAACUCAGCAGUAUUUGCAGAGUGUUGAAGACCGUAAAAAAUUAGUCAGUUUCUAA